AUGGGGUCAGCUUACAAUGAUGGCGAGCCGAGUCCCCUUUCGUCGCCGUUAGGUCCCCUCUCAGAGUCAUCCGAAUCCGAGUCCGAAAUACAGAAGCUUUCUUUGCAGACAAGUCAACUCAGAAGCCCCGGGGGAAGUGUGUCGUCGGGCUAUGACGCUCUUUCCAGAUCUCCGUUAUUCGAAAAUGAACAUGGUCCGAAUCCGUCUGGGUUGGAUCGCAUACGCCAGCACCAACCUUCGCGAGUUUUGACUCUUCCAAACCUUUCUACGUCGUCGCUAGCCCCCAUGGCUGUCCACCGCACCGCCCACUCUCCACGCUCUCGCUCCUCUUCUCGAGCCAACACCGGCCACUUUUCUUUGAGCCGAAGCUUCACGGAUUUGGAGGAUCUACACCGGUUCCCGCUGGAGUCGCUACAUUCCUUUUCUUUUGCUCAACAGUCCGAAGAACUCCUUCACAGCCGGCAAAACAUUCUCAAGAGGUCUAUCGAUUUCAUGCGCGACCGGAUGGGAUGGGCCGCAAGCAAUGCUGGGAUCGCUAACGCACAAGCAAACGCCAGUGGAGACGCCGAGAUUCAAGGCAUGAUGGACCUUCUAACCCGGGCAAACAUAUUGGAACCCGCGGAUCACCAUAAUCAAGGCCGAGGACCCAUCACAGGACCCGCGGAGAUCAACGGCGACAACAUCUUUGAAAAAGCCUUUUCAGAUGGCAGUUCGUCUCCGACCAGCACCCGAGAUGCAGCUUUGGACUCCAUGACAUCGGGGUCACAUUUCUCCGACAGCUCACAGUUGUUGAGCCCGGUGCCCAGCGACCGUAUCUCCAACCAGAGAAGGGACCUGGUCUCUGCACCCUCGUCCAGGCGCGUAAGCUUAAAACGUACAUACACGGACCUGAGCUCUGCUUCUUUAAAGAGCAAGCUGAUGGAGACUUUAGCACAACCUUACACCUCUUCCGCGGACCCUUUCACCUCGCUCAACUCCUCGACUGCCGGACUCGGAUUCCAGGUCCCGGCCCUCCACGCCCAUAGCAGCAAAUGGACACCAGCAUCCCAGGCCGUAUUUAGAACAGAAGCCCGGGCCCCAUGGACCAUUCUGGCCGCCAAUGACCUGUCAUGUCUCGUCUUUGGUGUUCUACAAUCUGAAGUCCGCCGUCUUAGCAUCUUGGAAGUUGUACAGAAAGAGCACCGAGAUUGGCUCGAGGCCAAGCUUCGAGAUCCUAGCACCGAUGCUGCAGCCCGCAUGCCGCUUCAGGCCGAAAGGGCUAAUAUCUCCGCUGUUAACCCCAAGUUCCGCGGUCUCGGGAACGGAGUGACAGCACAGCUCCUUAGCAAACCAUCCUCGCGAGAAAAGUCACGCAGGGCGCAGACUGAUGAUGGUUAUGGUUCAAGUACACGAAACACGCGGAACAACAACCAUGCAGCUAAUAAAUCACGCGGAGUCUUGCUGUGCGGUGAUGUGGUCCCGAUCGUGAAGCGCGACGGGGCCCGCGGAUCCGCCAGUGUCUGGGUAAUGGAGAAACGUGGUGGCCUCAUCUGGGUGCUGGAAGAGAUUACAGAAAAUGUUGCCUCCAUCCAGUGCGAUGAUUCAUGGAACGUUGUGGGUGCCAAGGGUGACUCCGAGAAGAUUUGGGGCCCAUCUGUCGUGCAAAAAGGCCAGUCAAUCACUGAACUUCUCCCGUGUUUGCCAUCUGAAUCCCUUGAGACGUCCCUCGACAAGGGAUUGGCCAAAAUUGUGGAGUUGAAGCAUUUUGCCGCCCGCACCGCGGCCGGCGUUUGUAUCCCUGUCACCAUCAGCAAGGGAGAAGGGGAUUGCACUCUUCAAGUCUCUAGCUUCCCUCAUGUUGCAGGCAUGAUGGUGCUGUCCUCCUCGUCAUUGAAUGUGAUUAGCUCGAACUCUGUUUUUUCUUCGGCCCUCUUUGGCCAGGAAAGACCAGAAGGGCUUCACAUCACUGACCUUGUACCCGACUUCGAUGAGAUCCUCGACGUCCUGACCGAGGAGGAUAACGUGCCCUUGGUUGAUGGCAUUGUCAUACCCGAACAUAGUUUCCGACGGGCACGAACUCUGUCCAUCCUUCGCGAUGGCAAGGCAAAUGCUGCCUCUGUCUUUACAGAGCCAAGUGGCCUGCUUGCCAAACACCGGGAUGGCUCAACCAUUGUCGUGGAUAUUCAAUUGCGAGUGGUCAAGAGCGGCACCUUCUUUUCUAAAGAUAAGGUAGAGAAAAGCAACGAUCGGAGCAGUGAUUCUGACGAGAGUGAUGACACAAUCGCUGUCACUGAAUUAGUCUAUGCUCUGUGGAUCACCUACUCAAGGCAAAUUCACGCUGCUGGGCCCGCUACCAGUGUCUCAACAUCGCCUGCGCCAAACUCCAAGCCAGUAUCGCCUAGGCAGGACCCUAUCGCUGAUCGCCCGUCAGACCCCAGCAUUGAGACCCAAAUUGCUGAACCCCUCAAGCCUUCUGUGGAGAUCAAAGCUCCGACUUCAACACUCAGCCAACAACUCAGCGAGGCUGCUUCUGAGCCUCUGACAGACCGUCCCGUGCAACCCAUCCCGCCAGUUUCAACUGUCAAUGCAAAUGCGGACCCCCCACUAAAACGAACAAUCAAUGACUACGUGAUUCUCGAAGAAAUGGGACAAGGGGCCUAUGGACAGGUUAAAUUGGCACGUCUGAAGAGAUUGCCUAGUACGAAGAUGGUAUUGAAGUAUGUUACGAAGAAGCGUAUUCUCGUUGACACGUGGACUCGUGAUCGGCGGCUGGGCACUGUGCCACUGGAGAUUCAUGUCCUAGACUUCCUUCGACGAGAUGGCCUCAAGCAUCCGAACAUUGUGGCAAUGGAAGGCUUCUUUGAAGAUGAUAUCAACUAUUACAUCGAGAUGACUCCUCAUGGGCUCCCAGGAAUGGAUCUGUUCGAUUACAUUGAGCUGAAAGCUACAAUGGAUGAAGCCGAGUGCCGCAACAUCUUCAAACAGGUUGCGAGCGCCGUUAAUCAUCUUCACACCAAAGCGCUGGUGGUACAUCGUGACAUCAAGGAUGAGAACGUGGUUCUCGAUGGAGAGGGGCGGAUCAAGCUGAUCGACUUUGGCAGCGCGGCUUACAUCAAGAAUGGGCCGUUUGACGUCUUUGUGGGCACGAUCGAUUACGCCGCUCCAGAGGUCUUACAAGGCAGGUCUUAUCGAGGCAAGGAACAGGACAUCUGGGCUCUGGGUAUCCUUCUUUACACCGUCGUCUACAAGGAGAACCCGUUCUACAGCGUCGACGAGAUCCUUGACCACCCCCUCCGCAUCCCCUUCCUUCCGUUCUCGGAAGAUUGCAUUGACCUCAUCCGCACGAUGCUCGACCGCGACGUCGACAACCGAAUUACCAUCACCGAGGUGAUUGGACACCCAUGGAUGGUGGAGGAUGAAAAAUGA